CGCUGUCGAUUUGUUCAGUUCCGAGGCUUGGUCUGGAGCUGAAGUGUUUACGGCCGUUAACUCUUUUUGUUGCAGAAAAGACUGAUAUUUUCACGCCCGAAAAUUGCAAACAGACGUCGCGAAGAUGGUAAGGAAGAAGUAUUAUUGGCUACGGCUGUUUGUACCAAGGCUGGAAAGGCAAUUGUGUCACGCCAGUUUGUGGAAAUGUCAAGGACCCGAAUUGAAGGCUUAUUGGCAGCAUUCCCUAAACUAAUGAACACUGGGAAACAGCACACAUUUGUGGAAACGGAGAGUGUGCGGUAUGUCUACCAACCACUGGAAAAACUCUACAUGGUGUUGAUCACAACCAAAAAUAGUAACAUCUUGGAAGAUUUGGAAACACUACGACUGUUCUCUCGAGUGAUUCCAGAGUACUGUAGAGUUCUGGAAGAGAGUGAGAUCUCAGAACAUUGCUUUGAUCUCAUCUUCGCCUUUGAUGAAAUUGUGGCACUCGGUUACCGUGAGAAUGUCAAUCUAGUUCAGAUCAGAGCAUUCACAGAAAUGGAUUCCCAUGAAGAAAAGGUUUUCCGUGCUGUUCGAGAGACACAAGAGAGUGAAGCAAAAGCAGAAAUGCGCCGAAAGGCAAAAGAAUUACAGCAAGCUCGCAGAGAUGCAGAAAAACUAGGCAAGAAAACUAGCUUUGGGUUUGUCAGUGGUGGAAUCUCAAGCAGCUCUGUAGCGUCCGUGAUUACAGACACCAUCAUUGAACCAGAGAAGCCGAAGAUGAUGCCAACAGUAAUGAGACCUUCUGGUCCAAGCAAAGCCUUAAAACUUGGAGCAAAAGGAAAAGAUGUGGAGAAUUUUGUUGAUAAGCUAAAAUUAGAAGGAGAACAAAUGAGUUCAUCAAUAAAAUGUUCAUCAGAAGUGUCUAAAGUGCUGUCAGCUCCUGUUAAUGUAGAAAGUGUACAUCUAAAGAUUGAAGAGAAGAUAGUAUUGGUAUGUGAUCGGGAUGGUGGUUUACAAAACAUGGAGGUACAUGGCAUGAUUAUGCUACGAGUUACAGAUGAAAAGCAGGGAAGAAUUCGCCUUCAGGUGGAGAAUGAUGAUAAAAAGGAUAUUCAACUACAGACUCACCCAAAUGUAGAUAAAAAGCUUUUCACUACAGAAUCAUCGAUCGGUUUAAGAAAUCCCGGGAAAUCCUUCCCUCUGAAUAAUGAUGUUGGCAUUCUAAAAUGGAGAUUGCAAACUACUGAUGAUGCCUUUAUUCCCCUUACGAUCAAUUGUUGGCCUUCCUUGAGUGCUACUGGCUGUGAUGUAAAUAUUGAGUACGAGUUACAGGAAAUCAGCCUGGAACUAAAUGAUGUCAUUAUCACUAUUCCACUUCCGGCUGGUCCUGGGACUCUAUUGAUUAGCGAAUUGGAAGGCGAAUAUCGCCAUGACAUCCGGAAAAACAUACUGGAGUGGUGUCUGCCAGUCAUAGAUGCCAAAAACAAAUCUGGUAGUAUGGAAUUCAGUUUCCCAGGACACCCAAAUGAUUUCUUCCCAAUUCAUGUUUCCUUUGUGUCUAAAAAGAACUAUUGCAAUAUACAGGUUAGUGGAGUAAAUCAUGUUGACAGCAACAGUCCAGUGAGGUUUUCUCUGGAAACCAUGUUUUUGGUUGACAGGUAUGAAAUUCUGUAACAUUAAACUCAAGAAAUUCAGAGAAACCAACAGCAGAUAUCACAACCGAGCUGUGUAAAAGAACAGAGACAAUAAUCUUCAGAAGUAGAAUUACAGUCUACACGGAAAGUUUCUGAGUGCUUAAAUAGCAAAGUGGUUUAUUAUCUGUUGUCCAAACAUGCUAAUUAUUCUCAGAUCAUAAAAGGAGUUUGAUAUUAAUUCUUUAACCAAGUAACUUGUCUUUCUUUUGGAAGGAAAUAGUUUGGAGGAAUGGCAUUUGGUAGCAUCUGCAGCAUAUGUAUGUUAACCAGAGCACUCCUUAUUCCCUAUUGUAUUGCCUUGUUGGCUGUAAUUAUCAUUUAAGCCCUGUUUUUGUUGAGUUAGUUUCAAGGUGAAGUGUUUUUUCCCCUUUCCUUUUGUUUCUUGAUUUUGGAUGAAAACAUGAUCAAAACAAAUUUUGUAACCAAAGUCUAUGACAGAAUAUGAUAACAUUUCAGUGUAAGUAGAGUUAAAAAUGCAAUCUUUAAGAAUAUUAAAAGUAAGUUGUUAAACAAUGUGAUGUUGCUUUGUUUCUCUGUGGAUGACCCUUGCUAGUCAAAACCAUAAAUGGUUCAUCUUGUUUGAAUAGGUGUAGAGCACCUGGUAAUUCACUUAAAUUGUAGUGUAACAGUUGGUGGUAAUGAUGAAUUGAAUUAGGUCAUUGUUGUGAUACAUAGGAGUUUAAAUUCUUAUUAUUUAUUAAUCCAGAAUUAUGAAAUUAACAUAAUGGCAAAUACAAUCUAUUGGUUCACUUUAGAGAUGGAAAUCAGAGUUUUGCCGAAUCUUGCUAACUCUGACUCCAUAUUCAUAAUAAUGUGAUUGGCUGCUAACUGUCCUCAAAGGCCAAAAGGUAUGGAAGAAACUAAAGAGAAAAUAUAUUAACAACCAGUAAAGCUUAGAGAGUGAUUUAUGUGGGAGGGUGGAUUUCAGAGAGAACUGGGCUAAAGAACUGCAGACAUCAAGGUCAGGGAUGAGAUUUUAAAAAUGUAAAGGUUCUUCCAGUAGAACCAGUUGAUGCAUAGGUUAACUUCUUUUAUUCUUCUGUUAAACUGGGUCUGGUAAAAUAUCUUUCCAUAAGGUAUAUAGAAUAUUUAGGUAAUCACACUGCAUUGAAUCAGUAUUUUAGCACCAGUUGAACCAUAAACUUUAUUUUUCUCCUCCUGGCCGUGCAUUUGCUUUAUAUCUAUUCAUCUUGACAGAAUACUGUGAAAUAUAAGUGGCAGAGAGUGAUCAUUUGAGUCGAGUAAUGAGAUUCUUCAAAGGGGGUUGUCCUAUCUCUGGGUCUUCAGGUUAUUUUAGAGGCAGGUGUGUACUCUGCUUUGCCAGUUGCUAAUUGCCAUUGGACUUAAUCUGGGAUUCCCUUUAUGGAGAGCACCUGUGCACAACUCCGCUUAUGAAUGGCUUUGGUUCUAAAUGUUUCUGCAUCAUUUUGAGAAUGUCACACAUUCAGCAAAAUUGGUACAUGUUUCUCACUGGCUGUUUCAUUUGCUACAAAAUACUGAAGCCAAGUAGACAAUAAAUGCAGGAAUAGGCCAUUUGGCUCUUUGAGCCAGCACCGCUGUGGCCCAUCAAGCCAUUCACUGUGUUCAUGGCUGAUCAUCCACAAUCAGUACCCCGUUCCUGCCUUCUCCCCUUAUCCCUUGACUCUGCUAUCUUUAAGAGCUCUAUCUUACUCUUUCUUGAAAGCAUCCAGGGAAUUGGCCUCCUCUACCUUCUGAGGCAUGGCAUUCCAUAGAUCCACAGCUCUCUGGGUGAAAAAGUUUUUCCUGAAUUCCGUACUAAAUAGCCUACCCCUUAUUCUUAAACUGUGGCAUCUGGUUCUGGACUCCCCCCAACAUCGGGACCAUGUUUCCUGCCUCCAGCAUGUUCAAUCCCUUCAUUAUCUUAUAUGUUUCAAUCAGAUCCCCUCUCAUCCUUCUAAAUUCCAGUGUAUGCAAGUCCAGUUCCUCCAAUCUUUCAACAUAUGACAGCACCCCCCCCCCCUCCCCCCAUCCCGGGAAUCAACCUCGUGAACCUCCGCUGCACUCCCUCAAUAGCAAGAAAGUCCUUCCUCAGAUUUGGACACCAAAACUGGACACAAUACUCCAGGUGUUGUCUCACCAGGGUCCUGUACAGCUGCAGAAUGACCUCUUUGCUCCAAUAUUCAAUUCCUCUUGUUAUGAAGGCCAACAUGUCAUCAGUUUUCUUCACUGCCUGCUGUACCUGCAUGCUUACUUUCAGUGACUGAUGUACAAGGACACCCAGAUCUCGUCAUACUUCCCAUUUUUUUAACUUGACACCAUUCAGAUAGUAAUCUGCCCUCCUGUUCUUGCCACCAGUGGAUAACCUCACAUUACCACAUUAAACUGCAUCUGCCUACUCACCCAACCUGUCCAAGUCACUCUGCGUUUUCCUAACAUCCUCCUGACAUUUCAUACUGCCACCCAGCAAAUUUGCUAAUGUUACUUUUAAUCCCGUCAUCUAAAUCAUUAUUGUAUAUUGUAAACAGCUGUAGUCCCAGCACCGAACUUCGUGGUACCCCUAUAGUCUCUGCCUGUUGUAUAAUCAAACUCAUUAAUUUUUCAGACAGCCAGUCCUUUCUAGUAUUUUAAUUACUAUUAUCACUUGGUAUUCACCCUUAAUGAAUCUGCAAAUGUUGCCAUUUUCUUCCCUUUUUUUGAAACAAUCACCUUUCCUUCCAAUGAACAUGUGCUGCACUGUUGGUUCUAACCUGAAUGGAUCUUCAUGUGCUGGGCAGUGUUCCCUCUAAGGUGCACGUGCACACAUCCCUUGCUAUUAAUACACAAAAAAAUUUAAACUGUACACAAGUGUUUGCCCUCCUCUAUGUCAUCAGCAGGUUAGUAUAUUUAACAAUCAUACAUUAAGAAAGAGGAUGUGUUGGAGAUUUUGGAAAGCAUCAAGUUGGGUAAGUCACUGGAACCAGACAGCAUAUACCCCAGGCUACUGUGGGAGGCAAGGGAGGAGAUUGCUGAGUCUCUGGCGAUGAUCUUUGCAUCAUCAAUGGGGAUGGGAGAGGUUCCGGAGGAUUGUAGGGUUGUGGAUGUUGUUCCCUUAUUCAAGAAAGGGAGUACAGAUAGCCCUGGAAAUUAUAGACCAGUGAGUCUUACCUCAGUGAUUGGUAAGUUGAUGGACAAGAUCCUGAGAGGCAGGAUUUAUGAACAUUUGGAGAGGCCAUAAUAUGAUUAGGAAUAGUCAGCAUAGUUUUGUCAAGGGCAGGUCAUACAUUGUGAGCCUGAUUGAAUUUUUUGAGAAUGUGACUAGACAUACCGAUGAAAGUAGAGCAGUAAAUGUAGUGUAUAUGGAUUUCAGCAAGGCAUUUAACAAGGUACCCUGUGCAAGGCCUAUUGAGAAAGUAAGGAGGCAUGGGAUCCAAGGGGACAUUGUUUUGUGGAUCCAGAACUGGCUUGCUCACAAGAAGGCAAAGAAUGGGAAAUCUCAAAGAAAAUCUGCAUGAAGCACAAACGAACCGCUAGUUCAUUUAAAGUGGAAUGGCUUAAUAAACCACUGAAGAAAAUGAAUUUUGUAGGUUAUUAUUCAGGUUUACUUUCGCUUAGAAAUUCAGUGUGCACAUAACACUGGGCAUAAAUUUGCUCAGCAUAAGAUUUUUGUACACACUGUUCAUUAUCAAUUAGAGAGAUUGCUGAUGUGCUGCUUUUUUAACUUGCCUGAUUUUCUUUUGAAUAUCUUGUUACAUACCCGUGACACGUGACUGGGGUUGAAGCUAUACUGGACUUGAGGUAAUGGUCUUGUGAUGGUGGAGUGACGUCAUUUUCCCGCCAGUAGAGGUCAUGUGAUAGGUUUUUUUUACAGGGUAUAAAAGGAG